UUCGUUUGACACAUCAUAUUUGAUUUCUUCGUAGUCCGUAUUAUUUCCAAUGCGCGUCAUAUUUCUUCAAUUUACACCUUAAUCGGGUCAACACUCAACCGGCAUUUAGAAAACUAUUAUUGUUUACUUAAUUCCUGGUUCCUUAAUAUACGGCGGGACUGAUAUUUGCCCUUUUCUUGAAAUACCAAAAAUAUUAAUUUUUUUUUAUAUCUUUUGCUUUGUGCAGAAAACUUUACUAAAAUGUCUGAAAGCUCUCCAGACGAAUUAAAUUCUAAGCGCAAAGACUUCAUUUGCGGUGUUGUUGAAGGCUUUUAUGGUCGACCGUGGACCACGGAGCAGAGAAAGGACCUCUUCCAAAAACUCAAGAAAUGGGGUCUAGAUAUGUAUGUAUAUGCUCCGAAAGAUGACUAUAAGCAUCGUGCAUAUUGGCGAGAACUUUACACUGUGGAGGAGGCUGAACACUUAACAUCUUUGAUCUCUGAAGCCAAGUCCCAUGGAAUAACAUUCUGCUAUGCUCUGUCACCGGGACUGGAUAUAACAUAUAGCAGUCAGAAAGAGAUAACAACUUUGAAGAGGAAAUUAGAACAAGUGUCACAGUUUGGUUGCACAUGUUUUUCCCUUCUCUUUGACGACAUUGAACCGGAAAUGAGUGAAGCUGAUAAACAGAUAUUUCAAAGCUUUGCACAUGCCCAGGUGUCAGUCACCAAUGAAAUUUAUCAGCAUCUCGGCUGUCCACGAUUCCUUCUGUGUCCCACACAGUACUGUUCAACUCGAGCUGUUCCCACAGUCAACAGCUCGGAGUAUCUCAACACUCUAGGCACAAAACUUUCCCAGGAGAUUGAUAUUAUGUGGACUGGCCCCAAAGUAAUAUCGAAAACUUUGACAACAGAAUGUAUUGAAGAAAUAACACAGGUGCUCAGACGACCCCCAGUCAUUUGGGACAACCUGCAUGCUAAUGAUUAUGAUCAGAAAAGGAUUUUCUUGGGACCGUAUUGCGGUCGUUCACCAGAACUGAUUCCAUUGCUCCGUGGGGUUCUAUCCAAUCCUAACUGUGAAUACAAUGCCAAUAUGAUACCAAUUUGGACUCUGGCCCAUUGGGCUCGAUGCAGCCUUGACGCACCUGCACAUAUGGAAGCGGUAUCUUGGGAUAUUAAAUUAGAGCGGGAAAGUGAACAAGGCGUGUGUGAAGAUGAAGUGCCUCUGACCCUUGGCAAACAUGUUUAUCAUCAUAGACAGGCACUCCGACAAGCAAUCAAUGAAUGGUUGCCAGAAUUUUCCAUACCUAAAGCGGCACAAGGUCCCAUUAUUAAACCACAACCACCUGUAAUAAUGCCACCAGUACCGAUCAUUCCGAUUUUACCAUCCGUGAACACAUGCAUGUCACUGGUGACGGGUACCACCAGUAGCACCACCACCACCAGCAUCUCCGAUCUGUCGUCCAUCCCCACCGUCAACACAAGCCAGCUGCAGGCGCUGGCCGACGUGUGCUCCGCCACGCCCGACCGCCCCAUCCUCUCCACCGGAGUGUCGCCUAUAGAAACGUUCAAUCCCAUACCGAAUUCGGUGAUGAAUUCGUUAGUGUCACCGACUAAAGUAAUUUUAAACGAGUCGAUACCGAACCCAAUAAUACCGAUCGCGAGCUCCAACAUUUCGCUACCAACCGAGAUACCAGUGUCGACCCUACCGGUCCCCAUUAUGGGCUUGAAAACAAUCGAACACGAGAAAAUCGAGACCGAUCAAACGAUGGCGGAUAAACUUGAUUUGAACGAAUCGGUGUCGAACGACAGCGUGCUGGAGACCACGAGUUUCAUCGAGGAGAUGAAGAAAGACAAGGACGACGACGACACGAUUAUCGUCGACGACGUGGAGCCGGCGAUAGAGCAGCAGCAGAACGGUGAUAUGAGCAUUGGAGACACUCCCCAAACGCUGAGCCCGUCGCGCACGUGCGCCGAGCCGCUGGACGUGGACCCGCCCUCCGCCGCCGACCCCGACGUCGUCAUGAACGACCAGCUCAGUGAGAAUGGCUCCAUGCAAGUGGAACCUAGUAACAGUCCACUGAGUGCUGAUAUGAUGGUUGAACCUGUUGAAUCAGCUGAAGUUGCAGACGAAUUAUGUGAGGAUGCUGGAUUAGAAGAAAACGCGUUAACUGCGGACGACUUAAUGCUUCUGUGUGAUCUGUUCUACUUGCCUUUCGAGCACGGCUCCAGGGGCUUGAGGCUGAUGCACGAUUUCCACUGGCUCACGGCGCACGCUGCCAGCAUACUGCCAAAGAAUAAGACUGAGGCGGGCGGCGCGGCGACGGGCGAGUGGCGGCGGCGGCUGCGGCGCUUCUCGUGGUGGGCGGCGCGCGUGCGGCGCGUGGCGCGGCGCGUGGGCGCGGCCGCCAACCGCGAGCUGCACGCCGAGCUGCGCCCCUACCUGUGGGACCUGUGCGCCGUGCUGGCGCUGCUGCAGGCCUUCUUGCGCUGGCUCGAACUGGGAAAAUUCCCUCCUAACAUAGCGACAAACUCUCAGGGCAGCUAUACGUGGUUCUCAAAAGGCUGGCGUGAAGCCUUCGAGAGUGGGGCCCAGGAACCUUGGGUUUUCCGCGGGGGCCUCACUGCGGAUCUUAGACGACUGCUACCAGUGGAAUGUGCCGGGGAUGCUCUGAGACCUCAUUGCGCACCUACGGGUCUACCGCUCACUGUGAGACCGUUUAUGCUCGCUGAUGAAGAGGCGGUAUGCACAAUAUGUCAUAAAACUUGUCGGGAUGGAUCUGACUGUAGUGAUUUAUUCCCAAGUGAUCUUCAAACUCUACCAGCUGAUAGACUGGUAGCACCAUUUUUAACAUUGACACCGGAGCUAUGCAUGGUUAUAGAAGAUGAUGGCUAUAUGGAAGGGGACAGUUCCGAAGUGGACGGAGAUGACCCUGAUGCGGAAAAGCUGGAUAUGAAGAUAAAUAAUGUCAAACCAGAAAUCGUCGGCUAUGCAUGUGCGGCACUAAAUAGCAAAGAGUUCUACAAGAAGCAGGAAGUAGCGUGGAUACCCGAAAUGUGCAUCAAGUAUCCCAUGGAACUGCUGGAAAGGGACGACCUGAGUCCCGCUGCUAAGGAGUGCGUGCGGCACUUCCACGAGUUCAGCGCGCAGGAGCGCGCGCCGGAGAGCGUGUCGGCGGCGCACCCCGCGCUGCUCACGUGCUGCGUGCUGCGCGCGCGCUCCGACCCGCACGCCGCCGCGCGCCUGCUCACGUGCCUGCUGGCCGCGCUGCGCGCGCACGGCGUAAACGGCGUCCACGCGUGUAUAAACGCAACCGAUCACUAUCUGCAGCAGUUCUACGGCAAGCUCGGUUUCGUGGAAAUGUCGCGGAGCAACGGUCGCGUGUUCCUGGCGCGCGCCUUCUAGCGCCGGCGGCGGUGCCGGGUGCCCCACUAGCGGGGCCUCCCCCCCGCGAGGACACUGUCACUUGUCUUAAGUAGACGUAAGCUCAAGAGACGACAUCCUCUGCCGCAUUGAACUUGAAUGAAAAAGUAUUUGUUAAAUACGUUUAGUUGCACAAUUUAAAUUUCAAUACACUGCCUUUAAUAAUCUUUGGAAUGCAUGACUUUUGUAAAAAAAUUACUUGAUUUCUAAGUAUAAACUUCAUAUGAAUGUUAUUGAACAGAAAGAUUUGGUUUUCUAGAACAACGAAGAGUUCGAAUAAACUGAAUUGUGCGAAUAUUAUAUAUAAAAAAGUUAACUCGUAAAAUGUAAUUGUGCAACUAAAUGUCUGUAAUUUUGAUAAGCUAAGAUGUAGAUGAAGUUACACUUCCUUCCUUUAUAUUGUUUUAACAGGAAAUAGCACACAGCUGACAUUGGCACGCUUUGCAUAAUAUUGUCCUUUCUUCCAUAGAUAUGUAUAUAAUACAGACAAUCGAAAUUUAUAACUAAAUUAGACAAAUCUCUCUAAAUUAAAAAUCUAAGCACUUCCAAAAUUUACAUGUGUUGCCACUUCUCUGCAAUAUGGCGCCGGUUUACACUAUACUUGAUCAGAUAAUCUAAAAAAUGGAUU